CAAUUGUCAAAAGUACUAGCGCCAAAUGUGUCUACAUUUGUCCGGCAUCAAGAAAAAUAAGGAAAUAAACAAUAAUCUUGAAUAAUGCAGGAAGACCAGCCAGCCAUAUUUGCUGUAGUUGACCCAUUGUGCAGUCGGUAUGCCAACACGCUCACGGGUCAAUUUGUUUCUGGUAGCAAAAUUGCUUUAUCUGCCUUUCGACCAAUUACCAGUAAUACGAGAGAUGCUCCAACUGAAUCUGCCGGCAAAGAUGACGUAUUGAUACAUAUGUUACAACCAGAGUUUGUCUUUGAUGAUCCCAUCCUACGUAGUCUUGUGGCCGAAGCGAAUUCCACAUUUGUAGCACUACAAGAGCUUAAAAAACGCGGCUCGAAAGCAGAAUACAUAAAAAUUUCGCGUACUUAUCGCAGUAUUAUACGAGCAUGUCUUGAAAAAUUGCAAGAUGCUAUGGCAAGCGCAGAAGAAGCUGAAGAUGCUUACGCACAAGCUAAAAAUCAACAAUACAUUUCAAUAUUUUAUUCCAUUGAAUGUGUGUGGCAUUUAAGUGAAAUAUUAUUUCUGGAUCCAACACCAUCCAAUGCGGUAGUCCCACAACUUCUCGAUUGGAUACGUUUUCAUUUUCCUGCUUCGGAACGUAUGGCCACUGAUCUUCUUUUAUUAGGUCGAGAAGCAAGUGAUAACGAUGAUUAUUGGCCAGCGCUCAAAGGCCUAAUAAUGCAGGGGCAAGUAGAUGUGGCACGUGCUUUGCUACAUCUACACCCACAAGCUGAAACGCCUCACUUCAAACUAACAGAUCAAAUAUUGAAAACCAUGCCCACUUAUAGUAUGCAUGGUGCUACUUCAAUACAAAAAUUUCGUUCGCAGUGGCAGUAUUGGCUCACUGAUACCGAACGAAAAAUUUCUGCAAAUAUUCUCGCCAUUGAACCAAACCUAGAAGAACUAAUUCAGUUAGUAACAGGUGAUACACAAAUGUGGAAUACACAAAUACAAGAGACCGAAUAUUGGUAUGAAUUCUUUCCCGGUUAUCUGUUCUACACAAAUAAUGCAUGCAAGCAUUUCGAAUUGGGCAAUGCAGCCAACACAUGGCUAUCGCGUUGGGCGCGCCUCAAAGGACACAACAGUAAUGAGUUGCAAAUGAAACAAUUAGAUCGUGUUAUACUUAGUCUCAUGGAAAACGAUAUGCAUCAAGUUAUUCAUGCAAUACAGCUGAUGGCAGAUAAUCAGUGGUUCGUCACACAUCUCACGGACUUGCUCUACAAUGCUGGACAGUUGCAAGUAGUGGGCGAGAAUCAAGUCAAUGAAUGCAUAAAAUUGCGUGACUCUUUGCUUUAUGAUUUUGGAAGCUCAUUAAUGACACGCAACUCUUUGUGGCAAUUAGGCAUGGACUAUCUGGACCACUGUGGCCAAGAGGGUCAAGCCGCAUUAGCGUUACUGCUCACGAAAAUACCCUUCCGCACGGAGAAACAGGCAUUGAAAAUUAUCGGCAUCGCACAAAAGGAAGGAUUUUUCGAAGCUGAGCAAGACAUUUGUAAAAUACAGUCAAAGAAAUCACUCGAUGAACAGCGUUAUGGAAACGCUUUAGAGUGGGCUAUACGCUCGAAAGACACGCUCUAUGUCACAACGAUAGCGGAUUUUCUAUUAAACCACUAUUCCAAAACCGGUGAUAUGCUCUGCCCAGAUGUAAUUGCAAAUAUUGGUGCAAAAAUGUUCAUAUCGCCACGUUUAGUAUUUCUAGUGAAAUAUUUUGAUUUCUAUCAAUUUUAUCGCAAGCGAGAUUUUUUGCCUGCUGCCGAAUUGCUGGUCAAUCUCUUAGAGUCGAAGAUUACACCGGAAUAUUUUUGGCCUUCACUACUCAUUGAUUCCAUACCACUGCUCGAAUCGAAGGAUCCAAAAAUACUCUCCAAAGAAACUUGCGCCAUACUACAGCACUUGGAAACCGAACUGGUGCCCUUGAUAGAUAAGAAGAAAAAGCGUCUGGAAAAGUAUCCGGAUGAACCAAUCAACAUUCUAAAAGACUAUCGCAUCGAAAAUAUUGAGGAAAUCAUCAAUUUACUACGUUUGGCCUGCGCACGCAAUUUAUCACGCGCUAUUAUAAUUGAAAACACUGUUAUGGGUUGAAUACUAUUUAUCAUUCAUAUUUAUUGUUUAAAAUUUAAACCUUAAAUACAAAUUGUUUACACGCCGCUUUUAGACAUAAAAAAUAAUAA